AUGCGUGAUGGAACAUUACUCAGAGAUACUAUCCGAGCAUUGGAUGAGCCAAGCACUUGUGGCAGUGUUUGCGACAGUGACUCUGUUAUCGCAAUUUCCGAAGAUGGUGGCUUGGAUUUGGUAUGUGAGGAAGAGUCAUCAAACUCUGCAACACUGUCAUCUAAUCGUGCAAAUCCCGAUGAACCCGAGUUAUCUAUACCUACAAGGUCACGAUCUCAAUCUCCCAACAGAUCAGUUUCAAGAAAACCAAAAAGAGACAUCUUCUUAAUCAGAAGUAGAACCUCUGGGCGGGCGGGUAAUCAUAUAUUGCAAGAGGGAUGUUUCGUUUGCGGAGGAAAUGCUGGUGAUCUGCUUCAUUGCGGGAAAAAGUACACUCCUGGGGCAUUUUGCUCAACAACUUUUCAUAAGGAGUGCAUUGAGGUGGCUUUUUUUUUGCUAUAAAU